AUGAGGAAGAACUUGGUCUCUGAAACCUUGCUCAACAAGAAUGGAUUCGCCACAAAUCUUGAGGGGGACAAGCUCGUGAUUAAGAAGAAUGGGAUGUAUUUGGGAAAGGAGUAUGUUAAGGAUGGACUUGUCAAGAUGAAUUUUCAACAGGUGAAGCACAAAAUAAAAAAAACGGCCUCUGAUCUUGAUGUCUCAGAAUCCACCGCUGCCAUUCUACUUGUGAAGUAUGAGUGGAAUGCUGCUCAACUUUAUUCUGACCAUAAACACUGCGCCAUAGAGUCUUCAACACUACAAAUUCACACUCAUUGCUCUCUUUGUGGUUCAGUGGAGCAACAGUUGGCAUCAGACAAGCUUAUUCUCAGCUGUCCUUCUCAAACUUGCCACAAGUAUCUCAAUUUCAACCACCUACCUCAAGAUCUACUAGAGGAGCAUCUCUCUGCCUUGGAGAUUGAUCUAGCCAAGAAGACAUCUUUGAGUGGCCAAUGUCUUUCAUACUUGUGCAACCACAAGUAUGCCCUCGCCACAGCCUUCAGUUCCUUGGGAUAUGCUGUCUACACUGCCUUCUCUUGGAGGAAAGAGAUUGGUGUUGGAAUGAAGGUCAUUAGUGUUGGAUCAGAAGUGAAGAGCAAAGUUUCUUCUUUGAAGAACUUUGUGACUUCUGGAUCUAAAACUUUGGCUGGUUUCUUCUCUGCUUAGUGGGCUUUGUGCUAAAAAUUUCUGGUUAAACAAAACUUUAUUGAAGUCAUAUGGUUGGUUCAGGGUAUUUUAAUAUUUUCCACGGCUCAUAAUCUGCUUAGUGUGCUUUGUAAUAACUUUUGUAAACUUUUUUGAAGUAGGAUGUUUGAUCCAGAUGUCACGGUUGAUAGUCUUUCAUAUUUGACUGAUGAGUGUAUCAAAACUUGGGAGUAGU